AUGAGCCUUGAUAAAUACAUUGGUGAAAGUGAAUCCGGUCAAACUAGUGCUGUUACGAGCAAUGAAAGAUUGAUAUUGUUACAUUCUCUAGGCUAUGAGUGUCAGAGGUAUUCAAACUUGUGUGUUGCUGACGAGCGGUGGCUGAUAUUUAGCUCAGGCAGUUUGGUUCACAUGCUUGACACUCAAACAGGAAAGCUACGAACCCGACCUAGCGAUAGAGGUUGUUGUAUUGGACACGUCACUAAAAAUCCUACCCACCCUCACAUAGCUGUGGGUGAAAAAGUAUCAAAUCCGCUGAUUAUUAUUUAUAACUGGCCGUCCUUUGAAGUAGUUAAGAAACUUGCUAACGGAACGGAAAGUGGUUAUGUUUUCCUUACUUACAGUCCGGAUGGAAGGAUACUCUGCUCCCAAGGGGGAGGCCCAGACUACUCCAUGACUUUGUGGGAUUGGGAGUCAUCCACUGUGAUUGCCCGGAGUUCCUCCCCUCAAACCCUGAGGGUCUUCUUCUCCUCCUUUGCCGAUAACUGCAUCAUCGCUUGCGGAGAUGAAGGUGUGAGAUUUUGGGAGUUGACCAAAACCUACACAGGUCUGAAACUGUUGAGUCAAAAAGGACGGUUCAACGUACUUGACGAGUCUCAAGUUUUAGCCGUCUUCUGUAUGCCAGAUGGACAGAUGGUGAGUGGCUGCUCAUGGGGAAACAUUCUCGUCUGGGCGGACGGCAGAGUCAUCAUGGAGGCUUGUCAACGCAACAGACAACCUUGUCACGACAGCGCAAUCGUUAACUUCACUUACAACCAAGAGAUUGACGAGCUGUGCACUGUCGGAAUGGAUGGAUGUAUUAAAAUGUGGCACUAUGGUCGGUUCAAACUGGACCCGUUUUCUGAUGACAUGAUAGUUGUGAUCAAACCUGUGUUUGAGAUCCAAGUCCGUGACGAAAGAGGAUUUUCAGUCAUAUCUUAUAUUUUGAAGAAAAACUGUGACCAGAAUGAUUCCAUUUGGUUUGCACAGGACAGAAACGGAGGGCUGUGGCAGGUGGACAUGCAAGUUUCUGCCGCAACAGCUUCGCCAUUACGUCUCUACAGCUGUCAUGCGGGACCAGUGUGCUCUCUAGCGUCUAGCCCCUGGUCCCCCACCCUUGCUUCUUUGGCUGCCAACGGAGUCUUGCACAUAUACAACUUGACCACAGGCAAACUGCUCGCCAUCAAAGAGUUUGAAAUCGGAGGAAGCAAACUGUACUGGUUUUUAAUUCAGGAGAAAGUUGAAGAAGAGAUUAUUGCACUUGGUUUUGCCGAUGGUUCAGUAAAACUAAUAUCAUUGACAGAAGCUGGAACCUGUAUUACUAUUAAACAAUUACUAACAGAACUGCGUAAUGAAGACCCAGCAGAAUAUCGAGCAUGUUUGCGGAUGUCACCUGAGAGUUUUGAUGCACUUCUUGAACUUAUAGAACCUGUGAUAACUAAACAAGACACAACUAUGAGACCAGCUUUGGGCGCGGUGGACACUGAAGAUUACAAUCUUGGACAAUUUCUUCCCGGUUGCUGGAGACAAGAGACUAAUGGCCUACAGAGUGUCGUACGCAUAGGAAGUCAUCAGCAAACUAAGAAGGCAAAGCAAAAAAGGGACGCCUACAAAAGAUACUUUGUCGGUGAAGGUGCUGUCCAUUGGCAGUUAAAAAUGGAAACUAAACCUCACAAAGGAAGAAUAACUGCGAUCUGCGUAAACCCUGAGAAAACAUUGUUUGUGACGGGGAGUGAAGACAGAUCGGUGUUUGUGUACAAGUUGCAGUCGACAAUACAACUGAUUCCAGUCGGUUUUCUCCAGCUGGAGGCUCCAGUGAGAGGGCUGUGCUGGAACCCGACACAGAUCAGGAUUUUGCUAGUGUGCUGUGUUUCUUCAUUAAGCGAAGUUGUAAUCCCUGAAGAAGGAUUUACUGGGAUUUCUUAUCAGUUGAGUCCACCAAUAUCAACGGAAUUCCCAAAAUACCAAGGUCCUAAUCUACUAUUAAACGAAAGCUCCACUUGGUAUCUUGGGUUGGAAAAUGGCAAAUUGAGAUGUUUGACCAAAGUUGCGCAAGCCUGGCUGGCGACUGGCUACGAUGACAUUAGGCUCCAUGACAUAGAUUAUGGAAUGAUCACAGACAUAACUGUUUCAAAUCGAUUCAGAUUUCUUGUCGAUUGUGGAAUGGAUGGGAACAUUUUCGUCUUCAGCCUUGAAACCGAAACCGAAACAUUUUCUGAUGAAUCACUCGGAACAGUUAUGCAAAUUACAACAGGAAGUGAGCUGGUUUUGGAGGAAGAGCCUGGGGUGAGUUUGGAGGAAGCAAAGAAAGAUGCAGUCAUCAAAGAGAAAAUGGCUGUGGCGAUGAUGAAAAAAGUUCGAGUCCAAAAACAACUGGCUGUUCUUCGUACUAAAUAUCGCCUACUGCUCGAAAAGAACGCAGCAUUACCGGACUCUCAAAGAUUACGGUAUUCUGAGUUUCGUUUGGAUAAACGUUUGCAACUUCACAUUCAAGAGUUGAUAGACAAGGAGAUGAAGUUGGUGAAGCAUAAACUUAACUUUGAAGUUCAGAAGAGUCAGCUUUGCCUUUACAAGAUGAAGCACUACUUCAUGGAUUGUCUGGCUGCGUUUCAUGUGGAAAUCUCCGCCAUUGGAGGAAGAAGGAGCAUCUCAACGUUUGUUCAUAGAAAACUUGGAGAAGACUUUGAACAAGGAGAAGCUUUCAUCAAACGAGUGCUGCAGAACUCUUGUGAAAAAAUUAGAGACACUGGUACUGAAUCAUUGCAAAAAGCUGUGCCGGAACUGUCUCCGGUUUUCAUUCUUGAAGUUGAGUCAGAGGAACCAUACCAGCGAUCAGUACAGGACAUAUAUGACAGGCUAAAUAUUAAAACAAAACGGGCUCUGGAGAAACACAAACUUACCAAGCAGAAAAAAGAAGAACGAAAGAAACAGUGGCAAGCGUUCUUAGCAACGCAACCAGACCAAGACAAGAACCUUUCAACAGACAUUUCUGCGAUUGAACACGCGAUGAGAACUAUCGGAGACUACAAACUGAAAUCGUCGGAAGAAUUCAAACUACCUGACCAAUCCAAAAACACCAGUCUGCAUAAGCUGAACCAACUAGUUCAAGCCAAACGAGAGAUAUUCAACAUGAAAGAAGAGUUCAACCGUAAAGUCUAUUCUUUACGAGAAAAGAAGGUGAAACUAGUAAGAAAUGUGCAUCAGUUGGAGAAUCAGCUGUUGUAUCUUUAUGAUGAACUGCCAGAAGACUGCAGAAUCUUGCCUCCUCCCAAACCUCAGCUUAACAUACCGAAAGAGUUUCCUGAACGUCAAUAUCAGAUUUAUCCUGAUAAAGACCCCGACUUUUGCGAUCACGACCCAAUUGAGUACGAAGAAGAGUUUUUCAUCCUCAAUAGUCAAUCGACAUUGAUGGUGGUGAAUGAUGAGGGAAACACAAUCGAACUAGAAGAAGAAGAAAGCGAGUGGGAAAGCGAAAUCAGAAGUGUUCGGAAAACCAGACAGCUGUUCAAGCAAGACCAGAUCCUCAGUGAGAUGGCGCGACUACUGACACAGUUUGACCAGGAAGUAGAGUUACUCGCUCGACAACGACUACAACUGUCGAUCGACAUCAAGUAUCUCGAAUGUUUCGUUAAUCUGCUGCAUCAAGAGUUCCACAUAAUGCAUAGCUUUGACGAAGCUGAGUCUGCAAUCAUGGAACGAGUUAACAACAGCCUUGCGGAGAAACACACAAAACAUCUCAGGAUCAACAUUCUUCAGCACAAGAUUGACGUCAGAGCUGCCGAGGUUGCGUUACUGGAGGAGAAGUUGGCAGCAGUGGAGAAGAUCUUUGCCGAACUGACGGCAAACUGUCGUGUUGGUAAACAUCUUAAUCGGAUCUUCCGCAAGAAGAGUCGGCCGAACCUAUUUGGCAGCUCGGAAGAGGAGGAAGGAGAAAGUGACGAGGAUUCGUCCAGCGAAACAUCAGAAGACUCCGAUACAACAGUGAGUGUCGGCCGACCAAGUCCACGACGGAAAGACGGGAAAUGUCCUGCGGAGUGUGAUCCGCAGAUUCACAAAGAAACUGUGCAACUGAGAGCUAAAAGGUACAAACUGGAAGCCAAAAUAAACACAGAGAAAAAUACCAUUGACCUAAUGAGACGGGAGAAGGAGAGGAAUUACAAGUUCCUUAAACUGAUUGAACCAGUUCUAAGGAUGAACCAGGAUCAGCUUGAGAAAUUACAGAAAGACAAACAGUCACGGUUGAACGAGACGGAGGUCUUGGUAGUGCUGCGCUGCGGACAGAUCUGCGGCCGAAGUCUGCUCAUGUCUCGGCCAGAGCUUGACAAACUACGAGCUCGGGUGUCGGAGCUCCAGCGGCAAACUGACUCCCAGCUGGAAAAACUCAGGAAGAGCCAGCGGUACCAACAACGGUUGACCGAAGAAUGUCUAGAAAUGGAAUCAAAGAUAUCGCAAUUGAAGAAAGACAUUGACAAAGCGAUGAUAUGCAAGUUUGGCCAGCAGGUUGAUGUAGAAACGCUAGAAGAAAAGAGCCUUGAGCAGAUGAUAAAGAACAUACGCAAAUCGAAACGGGAAGAGGAACUUCAUAGAAAAUAUGAGAAGAUUAUCAGAGAUUUAAAGGAAGAACUUUUGGAAGAAUCUGAGGAUUUAGCAGAUUUGAUGCGAGAGAACACCCAUAAACUCCAGAUGCUUUCCUCUCUAGAAGAAGAAAAACAGAAACUGAUCACUUUAACACAGAGGGUAAAAAAGGCUGCUACGGAUUCAAACGAUCGAGAAAAAGAAUACAUCGAAGAUGUACGCAGUCUAACAAAGAUACUUCACAACCAGAUUUUGCAAAAAGAGACGAUAAUUCACGAGAUUAAAGUGCUCACCCUGAAAGGACGACCUUUGCCACCGAUACCUCCUCCAUCGAUCGUGGAAGAACAAACAAAGUCCACGACGGCUCAGACUCAGAGUUUCAGAGACUCGGAUGAUUUGGCUUCAACGGAGUGUCAAACGAGAGAGGGAAGUCCGGGAUUUCCGAGGGCAGCUACUCCAGGGUUCCCCAGAGGGGUGUACCCUCAAAAAGAGGAAGAUGAGGAAGUGGAAGAACAAGACGUGGAAGAUCUGGAAAAGAAGAAUCGGGAACUAGAGGACCAAGAAGAUGAAAGAGAACAAUCAACCAGUACUGACAGCCACGAGGAAGAAAAUGCGGACUGAAAUUGAAAAUUUGAACUGGAAAAUUGAAGUCACUGGGAACAAAUAUUAUACUAGCUAAAAAAAUGUGAAAUACUCUAGGGUGCUGGAAAUCACUUACUAGAUCAUCAGAGUAGGGUCUGGAAAUAACUAGGGUUUCAAGACAUGUUUGUGUUCCCUUUACGGUGGUAUAGGGCAUAGAUUAUAGGAUAAAUAUAGGAGGUAAGGGAAUUUGUAUGCACGAUUUUCAAUACAGCUAUCGUUUAUAGCUUAAAAAACUAACAAUUUUGUAUACUGAAUCAAUGUUGUACUAUUACUAUCAAGGUUACAGAGAAAAUUCUCAUAAAUCUGUAUGUUAUU